UGAAGUAUUUGGUUUGUUUUUUGGUCGAACUAUUAUGGUUGUAUUUUGGUUGAAAUAUUUGGUUUGUUUUUUGGUCGAACUAUUAUGGUUGAAGUAUUUAGGUUAUAUAUUUUGUGAAAUUGUUGUGGUUAAACUUUAGUUAUAUUUAUUUUAUAUAUGAAUUUGUAUUAACUUUGAUAUUAACUUUGAUAUUGACUUAUAACCAUGACCAUGACAUAAAGAACGAAGAAAUGGAUGGAGAUAUAUAUAAUGAAGAUACAAAUGAUGAAGAUAUAGAUGACGAGGAAACAAAUGAAGAAUUUUAUGAAGCCACAUACACAUAUGUGAUGGCAAUUUAUGCUUUAAUAGAUAUAUUAAAUCAGUUUUUGAAUAUGAUGCGUGGUGAACAUAUUGAACGUCCAUUAACUCGACGACAAAUUACUAGUCGGGGAUAUGACUAUAUACACAAAGCAUUAAACGAUGAUCCUGCAAUCUUUCGACAAGUAUAUAGGAUGUAUCCUGAUGUAUUUCGAAAGUUGUGCACGAUUAUAAGAGAAAAAACACCUUUGGAGGAUACAAGAUUUAUUUGUGUUGAAGAAAUGCUUGCAUCAUUCCUACAGAUUGUCGGCCAGAACACUCGAUAUUGUGUAAUCUGCAAUACAUUUGGCCGAUCACAAUUUGCUACAAGUGAAAAUUUUCACAAGAUUUUGAAAGCUCUGAACUCAUUAGCACCUGAUUUAAUGGUUAGACCAGGCUCAACUGUGCCUGCAAAAAUAAGGGAAAGCACAAAGUUUUAUCCUUAUUUUAAGGAUUGCAUUGGAGCUAUUGAUGGUACACAUAUUCCCGCAUCAGUAAAAGGACGAGAUGUAAGCAGUUAUCGUGAUCGUCAUGGAAAUAUAUCACAAAAUGUAUUAGCUGCUUGUAACUUUGAUUUGGAAUUCAUGUACGUUCUUAGCGGGUGGGAGGGUUCAGCACAUGAUUCCAAGGUGUUAAGUGAUGCUUUGGCAAGGAAGAAUGAACUUAAAGUGCCCCAAGAGCUUGUGUUGGCAUGUGCAGCACUUCAUAAUUUUCUUCGCAAAGAAUGUCGUUCUGAUGAAUUUCCAGUGGAACCUACUGACGAGUCUUCAUCUUCAUCUUCAGUGUUACCAAAUUACGAAGACAAUGAUCAUGAACCCAUUGUUCAAACACAAGAGCAGGAACGAGAAGAUGCUAAUAUAUGGAGGACUAAUAUAGGUUCAGAUAUGUGGAGAAAUGCUAAUAAUUAG